GCUGCUGGCAUCCCCUCUGCAGCCAUGCGGGGCCCGGCGCUCAGAGAGAGACAGAAGGGGGAGCCUCUGGGGUGCGACCGGCCCUCCCGCCAUGCCCUGAAUCCGCCCCGGAGGCUGUUUCUCAGACCGGCCGCUCCGCCGGGGCCCCAGAAGCAGCCGGUCUGGGCCGACCCACCUGGGCAUACUGCUGCCUGGCCGGCCUCUCUCUGGUUGGAGCAGAGUCAGAGUGGGGGUGGGGAGUGCCUCCCUCCCUCCCUCCCUCCCCCAACUGCCCUCCACGCCAAGACCCUCCGCCUAUAAAGUGGGGCCAAGACAGAGAGCAGGAUCCCCCCUGAGACGGGGCGCCGGGUGACCCCCCAGGAGAAGAAAGGCCCCCUGCGCUCCCAGCGGCCACCACCGGGCCAGGGCCAAAGGCUCUGCUCUGACGCGGGCAGCUCCGUGGCCCGGACCGCCCUCCGCCAUGGCCUCCGCCACCAAGAGCCUCCACGUGAAGACUCCGCUGCGGGAGAGCGCUCCCCUCUCCAAGCUGGCCGGCACCCAGGUCUACCUCAAGCUGGACAACGCCCAGCCCACGGGCUCCUUCAAGAUCCGGGGCAUUGGGCACUUCUGCAAAACGUGGGCUGAGCGGGGAUGCCAGCACUUGGUCUGCGCCUCAGGGGGAAACGCUGGCCUUGCGGCUGCCUACUCGGCCCGGAUGCUGGGCAUCCCGGCCACCAUCAUCCUGCCCCUUUCCACGCCGGCCUUCACCAUCGAGCGCCUGAAAGAUGAAGGGAGCACCGUGUCCGUGGUGGGAGAGAUGCUGGACGAGAGCAUAGAGGAAGCCAAGGGGCUGGUGAAGAAGAACCCGGGGUGGGUCUACGUGCCGCCCUUCGACGACCCCCUCAUUUGGGAAGGACACAUGUCUCUGGUCCAAGAGCUGCAGGAGCAGAUGCCCUCCAAGCCCGGGGCGCUGGCCCUCUCGGUGGGGGGCGGGGGGCUGCUGUGUGGGGUGGUCCAGGGCCUCCGCCAAGUGGGCUGGGGCGACGUCCCCCUCAUUGCCCUGGAGACCAGGGGAGCUCACAGCCUGCAUGCCGCCCUGGCAGCCGGGAAGCCCGUGACGCUGCCGGAAAUUACCAGCGUGGCCAAAACCCUUGGCGCAAGGACUGUGGGAGCAGAAGCCCUGAAGCUGGCUCAAGAGCACCCCGUCUUUUCCGAGGUUGUCACCGAUCAGCAGGCAGUGGUGGCCAUCGAGAAGUUUCUGGAUGACGAGAAGAUGCUGGUGGAGCCGGCCUGCGGCGCCGCCUUGACGUCGGUCUACGGCGGGGUGCUGCAGAGGCUGCAGGCGGAGGGCAAGCUGAGCUCCCGGCUGGGCUCGCUGGUGGUGGUCGUGUGUGGCGGCAACAACAUCUCCUUGGCCCAGCUGCGGCACCUCCAGGAGCAGCUGGGCGUCCAGCACAUCACGGCCGCCUAGCCGGGCUUGGCUCGGGGGCGUCAUUAAAACUGCUCACUGCUGCUCCGUCCAGCCCUCUCGCUCCCGAGUCG